CUGCAACAACACCAUUAACUCACCAUGAAGCUCACCCUCCCCACCACCCUCCUGCUAGGUCUAGCCAGCGCCCACCCGCAUUACGGGCCCGCGGACAUCUCCCACUGGAACCCGCCGGAGCAGACGACUACCGUGGCCCCUGCCCAAUGAUGAACACCCUCGCAAACCAUCACUUCCUCCCGCACAACGGCCGCAACAUCACGCGGCCCCGGCUGAUCGAAGCCCUCGGCGCCGCAUUGAACUUCACCUCCGCUCUCGCCACGCUGAUGUUCGAAAUGGCCAUUGUCGUGAACCCGGAGCCCAACGCCACGUACUUCACCUUGGACCAACUCAACCAGCACAACAUCCUCGAACACGACGCAAGUCUCAGUCGAAGCGACGCCUACUUCGGCAACAACCACAUCUUCAACGCCACCAUCUUCGCCCAAACCCGCCGCUACUGGACAUCCCCAACUUUGGACGCUGCCAUGUUGGCCAACGGCAAGCUGGCGCGGCAGGUCGAGUCCAAGGCGUUCAAUCCGACGUACACGUUCACGGCGCGGACCGAGGAGUUUAGUCUCGGUGAGGUGGCAGCGCCGAUCAUCGCGUUCGGGGAUUUAGGGUCUGGGAAAGUGAAUCGCACGCUUGUGGAGUAUUUUUUUGAGCAUGAACGGUUGCCGGUGGAGUUGGGGUGGAAGACCCGAGGAGAGGCGGUGGGGGUAGAGGAGGUUAAUGCGGUGGCGGAGAUGAUACGGAACGCGACGGGGUUGAUUACCCCCUCUGGAUCAGUGGCCGUGUCAACGGGGAAGAAGAGGGAUUUGCAUUCUGGAUGGCAGGGCUAGUGCGCUCUUCAUGUCUUUGAACUGGGGGGUGGAGAGUGGUUUGACGGAGGAAGGGAGGGAAAGUACGGCCUAGUUUAAUUUACUUGCGGGCACAGAACCAGUGAAAAUGUACG